ACCCGGCGGCCCUUCGGACGCUGCGCUGGCGGCUGGGGCUCCGACGCGCUUGCGUAGUAGUUGGACGCGGGCGUUUUUUUCUCCUUUUUUUUUCGUUCACAAAAAUGGCCAAAAGAAUUGCUGAGAAGGAAUUAACAGAUAGGAAUUGGGAUCAAGAAGAUGAAGCUGAAGAGUCUGAUAGUGGAGGAGCCUUUAAAGGUUUUAAAGGUUUGGUUGCACCUUCUGGAGGAGGAGGGUUUUCUGGAUUUGGUGGUGGCUCUGGAGGGAAGCCAUUAGAAGGACUGACAAAUGGAAACAGCGCAGCCAGUACCACAUCCUUCUCCAGCACAAAGCUGACAGCAGUGGAGCCCAAGGCAACUUUUGGUUCUUUUGCUGUGAAUGGCCCUACUACCUUGGUGGAUAAAAAGAUUUCAAGUCCCAAAUGUAAUAGCAGCAAUCAGCUGUCCUCCUCUGGCCCUGUGUCCAGUACAGUUUGCUCUGGGAGUGCCUAUCACAAGCAGUUGGCUGGCUUGAACUGCUCUGUCCGGGAUUGGAUAGUGAAGCAUGUGAAUACAAACCCACUUUGUGACCUGACGCCCAUUUUUAAAGACUAUGAGAGAUACUUGGCGACGAUUGAGAAGCAGCUUGAGAAUGGAGGCAGCAGCAGUUCUGAGAGCCAGACUGACAGGGCAUCAAUUGGAAUGCAGCCUCCCUCCCUUUUUAGUUCAACAAAACUACAGCAAGAGUCACCAUUUUCGUUUCAUGGCAACAAAGCAGAGGACACAUCUGAAAAGGAGUUUACAGCAGAAAAGAAAUCAGACACAACACAAGGAGCAACAAGUGCCUCGUUUAAUUUCGGCAAGAAAAUUGAGAGCUCAGUUUUGGGCUCAUUAAGCUCUGGCUCCCUGACUGGGUUUUCAUUCUCCCCUGGAAACUCUAGUUUAUUCGGUAAAGAUGCUGCCCAAAGUAAAGCAGCCUCUUCACUGUUUUCUGCUAAAGCACCAGAAAGUCAAGCAGGAGGCAGCAGCAGUGAAUGCAGAGGUGGCGGCGAUGAAGAAGAAGAGAAUGAUGAGCCACCCAAGGUGGUAGUUACUGAAGUGAAGGAGGAGGAUGCUUUCUACUCCAAAAAGUGUAAACUAUUUUACAAGAAAGACAAUGAAUUUAAAGAGAAGGGUGUGGGGACCCUACAUUUAAAACCCACAGCCAAUCAGAAGACUCAGCUCUUGGUGCGGGCAGACACCAACCUAGGCAACAUACUGCUGAAUGUUCUGAUUCCACCCAAUAUGCCGUGCACCCGAACAGGGAAAAACAAUGUCCUCAUCGUCUGUGUCCCCAAUCCCCCACUGGAUGAAAAGCAGCCCACAGUCCCGGCCACCAUGCUGAUUCGGGUGAAGACGGGUGAGGAUGCAGAUGAGUUACACAAGAUUUUACUGCAGAAAAAGGAUGCCUGAGCACUGAGGCUGACCAAGGAAUGUUGCCACAUUGCUGCUUCCCCUCUGCACCCUAAACUUAGUCACAUUCUUUCCUCUUCUUAUUGUGACAUUCUGAGAACUUUUAGGUAAUGGGAACUUCUAUGAGGAAGAUUAAGGCCAAUAAAACCUCUGGGUGUAUCAGCUCUUCUCCUUCCUGAGGACUAAACAAAUACAUUGAAGUCAAAAUUUGGGAAGAUUUUUUAAUGUUGAUUCAUUGAGUAAACUAACCUAAGUGAUUCUUAAUGGACUGCAAUCAGGGUACCAGUUAGCUCUCCAAGGCUCCUUCAGGCAGUGUGGGCUCCGCCUUCCUGCCUGCCUCGGGAGACCCCAUGGCAGUGUCCCACGGCACCCCAGAAGACACCCAUUUGCUCCCCUCCUGUGGGCUUGUCUGACCCAUGACUAGCACUCCUGCCAAACACCAUGCCACCACACUGUGACUGCACUGAAUUGUUUGUGUUGGGUGUCUCUGUUGGGCGUCAGCCUUUUGGCAGGUGCUGGCCUUUGACCUGGGGCUGCUUGACUGAUCCAAAAACUGCCUUUUCAUGAAAAGGACAUGAGUGGUUCGUGGGGGAGCUGGCGAUGUAGACUGGGUUUGUCAUUUUUAUCCAGGAGGUGCUCUUAUUUUACCCUCUCAGUUAAUGUGGAAGGGGCUGUCAGGAAGAAUGGACUUUAGAAGCACAAAUUUGGUAGCUUUUUUAUAUCAUUUCUAUACCACAAACAAGCCUUUAUUUUAAGAUAAAAGUGAAGCCGUGCUGAAAAGGGAUGUGUGCUCAUGGCCGUUGCUGCCCUGGUGAGCCCUACGGGCACAGCCUGAAUGGAGUCCUCAGGAACCAUGCAUUCAUGAGAAGCAAGAGUGUGGGAGUGGGAAACCGACAGUUUGGUCUGUAGCUUCAGACAGCAGCAUGUUACUUGGCAUCUGAAAAACUCUUUUUUAUUUUUAUUUUUUUAAGGAUGAGAUAUUGAGUGUGUCUGUUUGGAAGAGAGCCAUGGUUCUGCAUGGGCCAUUCAUGUCACGUCAGAGUGGUGAGGUUACUAACACUUCAUUUUCUGAAGACCAGACAUCAAUUAAAUGCAAGAUCUGAUGCCUAGCUGGUCAUGGUUCCCACCUGCAAUGCCAGUGCUGGAGAGGCUGAGGCAGGAAGACAGUGAGAGCUAAGCAGCCUGAGCUAUAGUAACCCCCCCCCCAAAAAAAAAAAAAGAUUGAAUGACUAAAGCUUCACUCUUAGUCCUCAUCAAACCAUUCAACACUAGGACCAGAUCUUGUCUGAAGGCUCAGGGUCAGUGCCCAGGGGUGCACACUUGUAUGCUCAGUCCAUACAUAAUCACAAAACAUGAUGGCACAGUUCUUCCUCAAAACUGCAAUGUUGGGGGUAGGAGUGAAACCUAGUUCACUUUUACUUAUGUAGCCAUGGCUGGUUGAGAACUCAGAUCUACCUGCCUCUGCCUCCUGAGCCCAAGCUGGUUAACUUUUGUUGAGGUGGGAUGGUAAUGUUACCACUUUGUUAUAGGGCUCUGUGCUCAGCAUUUUGGCAUAUAUCCAUGAGUGGCGUGCUUGUGCUUUGUUGGGUGUGGACCUGAGGAGGUGCUGUGCAUUUAUUUGCCAUUUAACAUUGAGAAUUAGUUUCUAGCAAGUGAGUUGCUUGCUGCUUCUGUUACUGCUGGCCCUGACCUGUUCAUAUUGGGUUUGCCCAGCUUUCCAAAGAUGAAAUGAGGGGAUCACAUUUCAGAACAGUACCGUGUAGCCGCAUGCCCAUGAGGCUGACUAGUCAGACUCUUGGGUACUUUCAGGAACUUGUCUAUUUAUGGUGGUGGGGCUCUGUGAGCAUCUGCCCAUGCCUUGAACAUUUACCAAAAGAGUAAAAGCAAAAAAGGUCGUGACUGGAUUGCCUUCUAAACGUCCCAGCCCAUUUUAAUUGUAAAGUAGUGGGUGUAGCUUUCCUUUUCCUAACAUUCCCAGCAAAGUUUGCUGCUAAGACUAUCACAACGAAAAUUACAGGGAGGGGAGAGGGAUGUGACCGAACUCAGUGUGUCUUGUCUUUAUGCUUUAGGAGCUAGCUCAGCACUCUGCACUUAACCUGAGUGUGAAUCACUAGAAAGUCUGUCACAGGGAGGCCCCUGGAGGGCUCUGUUCUCCCUUAACUGUGUUAGUAGCUGGUUCCAACCCAUGGCUUAAACUUCAUUUACAUUUUAACAUGUUAGAAAUUUGCCUAUUGUGUGUUUAAUGUGAACUGAGGUUUUUAUCUUUGGUUUGAAAAGUAUGUCUUUCUUUUAUUUGUCUGAGGAAGUGUGUGUUCUUUGUUGUCAGGGUGUGUCUAGGUAGAUGCUGAGCCUGGGCCUUCUCACACUGUAUCUCAUGAUUUCGCACAUUCCCAGUCAACAGUUUCAGCCCUGCACUGUCUUCCUUGGAGAGCCACACCACACACGCUGUGGCUGUUAGUGACAGGUCCAACUGCUGAUGGGCUUAUUUCUCUUUCACAGUUUCAGUUCUAAAUCCUAUUUUUUACAUGCUGCGUGCCAAAAAAUAAUACCUGCUGUGGCGUAGAGGGAAAACCUUGUUGUCAGGGUUUUCCCUGACAGCCUCCUCUACCUUUUCUUGAAGGUUAAGGAGUCUGUUCUUGCCAGUUUGUUCACUGUUAUUACUAUUUCUGAAAAUGAGGCUGCAGACUAUCCACUAACACCAAGUCUCAUUCUAGAAGUGGGAUUGUAAGGAAAUGACCUGUCUGCCUCUUCAGGGCAUCUUCUAGCUCUAGCCCCACGCUCUGCACAGGGCCACCACGUGCUCUCCAAAAGCAAUCACAAGACUGAGGACUGUCCUUAACGUAGACAGAGUUGUAAAGGGGAUGUAAGACUUCUUAACACAUGGAAUAAUUUGCUCUUUACAUUAAUCAGGAAAUUGUUUCCUAAAGCUAAAAUACUUGAAUUGUCAGACAGUAUAAUCUCAGUGUGUGUGAGCUUUUGAAUGAGCCUGUAAGGAAGUGUAACAAUCCAUGAAAUGUGAAUAAAUGGAAAGUUUAAAACCAG